AGGAUAUUUCUUGAAAGAAUUUGGGAUAAAUUAUUUUAGAUAAUUACUAGGCUUAAUUUAUCGAUUAAAUUAACAAUAAACGAGACAGGUUAGGUGUGAAAUCAAUAAUUUAAAUGAGAGUUUAAAUUUCAAACAGUAAAACAAAAAUCUAAGAACAUUCUUUUACAGUAAUUUAGAUCUAUAAUUUUGUUUCAUCAACAGUAAAACCAUCAACUGUAAAACGAUAUGAAAAUAAUAAUGAUUAUAAUGAUGAAUAUGCUAUAACGAUUUAAAAAAUUUUAAACCAAAUUUUAGAUAUUUUGGGUAUCACCGCCGGUGUAAGUAUAAAAAACUGUCCUGAGAUGAUUUAAGGUUAAGCAGUGUGGAUCGUAAUGUCUGAUCCGCUUGAGCGCGGCGAUCGAGGAGGACGAAACAGACGAAGGCGCCGAGCUGGACGUAAGGACUUUUUUCAAGAACGUGGAGACCGAGACCUAUCAGAUACUGGAAAUCUUAGUUCUUUAACCUCUAAACCGCCAAUAAUCUUGGCUAAACCACAUUCUACUGAUUUACUUACUACAAUGAAUCCUACUUCUUCUUCAUCCUUGAGUGGAAACAGUAUGGCUGGAGUGAAGAUGGGUGAAAAACAAAUUGUAGUUUUGAAAGCCCGUGAAGACAGCACCAGUAGCAGUACAAGUGUAGGAAAUAGCUGCUGUACUAGUUCAGGUAUUGGUUUAGGAGCCUCUCUCAGUUCAGGACGCUCCAGCACACCAGCUUCGAGUCUACAUAACAUCAAUGCUGCUGUCUCCAGUGAUCUGUCAUCUCAUUCAACAUCUCCUUAUCAGAUGCAUCGAAAUACUCAGCUUUCCUCUAUGGAUGAGUGUCAGAACCGACUUGCUCCUCUCCCAGAAAUGCCAAGAUGCAUAAAGUUGGUUGAUGACUCAAUGCAUUGGUGUGACACUGGAAUGGAAGUAAGUCUUCCCAUUAUUAUUAUUCCACCAAGGUCAACUUUGCCUUUCAUCCUUUCGUGUGUUUGUGUGUAUAUAUUUAUAUACAAUGAGGUUAUUGAUGCAUUUCUCCAUUUAUUUGCUUUUAGAAACUUUGUGUUCCAGCCUCAGAGCAAAGAAAUACGAGAAGUUGGUAGUCACCAGACUUCAGGAGUUGAUAUGUUUGUCACCAAUGACCGAGUUAUCUUACUUGACACCCAGCCUGUCCUAAGUGCUUCUGUCUUGGACAUGAUGAUACACCAUGACAAGAAGUACCCAGCUGAAUACAGCACUGCUGAAAAUUGUAUGGAAAUGCAGUCACUGCAGUUAGCUGCGUUUAUGAUGACCGUAUGCAAUGUACUUCUCGUAGUCCAAGACUGGUUUACUGAUAUCAACUUCCUCAGAUUCUUGUUAACUGCCGAAAUGCUUAAACCUUCAACUCCUGCUAAUUCCCAUGAUGACACAUCAGUUCAAGAGAAUACUGCAGACUAUUAUCCACAGAUUGUGUUUGUCCAGAAUAAGGCAGUAAGAGAUGAUUUCAGUGUAGAAACUUAUCGUGCCAAACAAUGUUUACUAUCCAAAGUGCUUGAGAAUUCCAAGCUUAAGUACAAAGACGCUGUGACUUUGGCCACUGGAGAGUUACUGCCUGGGUUAAAUAACCGAAAUAUCACCACAGGGGUCAAUUUAUUUUUGCUACCUCAUAUGGACAAUCAGAAAGUUGAAGCUGAUUCAAUCUUAACGUUUUUACCCGAAUAUCGUGGCUACCCAAGUUUUAAUAGGCUGCUGCAGUCCCUUCGUAACCAAGUAUUUGCUUGUCAACGUCGUCUGCUGACACACACUAUUCUCUCUGAGAAAAACUGGUUUCAUUAUGCAGCAAGAACUUGGGAUACUGUGAAAAAAUCUACUCUGAUGGCCGAGUACAACCGCUUGUUACCGUGAACUGUAAAGCAAAUCUAGACCUGGUGGAUACUGGCAGCUUUAUCUGCAAGGUUUGAAUUGCAGGGGCUGGUUUUCUAUGAGUGUUGAGGUAAUGAGGGAUGUACACAAGCUACCAUCUGCUCAGAACGGUGAGUAGGUUGUACAGCCCAACCAGCCCAGAGUGACAGGGAAAGUCAGCCUGCAUCAAUCCAUUGAUGACACUGGAGAAUAUAAAGAGACCUGCUGUUCCUUAUGUGGGGACAAACAUGCCCUCUCUUUUAAGCUCUGGAUGUGAUGCUGUGAAAUAUGUUCACUUUGAAGAAUAAUUCUUCCAGCAAGUUUUAUUCCUAGCCCCUUUCCUACUUCAGCUUUUUGGUUCAAACAUGAUUUUUUUAAACUUUCUUAAGUUUGGCAUAGGAUUUUCUGUUCUUUUUAUUUCAUCACAGAUUUUAUAGAAGGGUAUAAUUCUCAGACUUGUGUUCAUGGCCCCAUAUAUGUCAGUCACUGUUAAGUGUAGGACGGAAUCCAUGAUUAAGACUCUUUGAAACUAGGAAAUAAUAUUCCAUACAUUGAGAAUUUAGUGAUUCUAAGUGUCAAACAUGGGUGACAAUUGUUCACCUCAGUGACUGGAAGUUGUUCCCUGAAGAUUUUUUCAGUUCUUUUAAACAGUUGUAGCUAUAUCCAUGCUGGAGCAUAUUCUUCAGAUAGUUAAAAAAUGUCUAAAGUUUUAGCAAGUUGAAUAAUGUCGAAACACUUAAACUAUAGAGCACCCAUAUGGUUAAAACUGUACUUUAAAACAGAUCUUACUCUAUUUGGUUAUAUUACUAAAUGCAUUUGUUCAAGAUAAACAUACAGUUAGGAUAUUGAAAUGGAAGUCCUUCAUUGUGUGAAAAGUAUUGGAUUUGGAGUGGAAUUUUUCACAGACUUGGUGAUGAUUUUAAACUAAUGUGAAAUAUUCUGGUGAUCGUUAUGGAAUUGGUGUUAUUAGGUAAUUCAAGUUCUAUCAUACAAUUAAAAUCUAAUUUUAAAUCAUGUUGUGAAUAAUAAAAAGUAACAAUAAAUUCUUCUGUGAGGUUACUAUGAAAGAAUAUUCAUUGAAGUUCAAACUUGUUGCCUAAUUAUACGUUUUUGAUUAAAAUGGCCAUUAAUGUCAAGACUUGAAACUCUGCCAUCCAAAUUGAAUUAUGUCUGUGUAAAGUAUAUGUUACUUACUUCAGUCACUCCCAUCUACAUUUCACAGUUGAAUGCUUGUUUUGAGAAUCCAUGCAUAUCAUUUAAAAUAUGACAUCAUGGUGAAGCAAAAAGUCGUUUGUGUCUAUGUAGAUAAUCCCAUGACAUGCUUAAACAACCAGGAGAAAAUAGUGGGUGUGUGGCAGGAAAUCAGAUUUAUUUCCUAUGAAACAAAUAUAUUUCCAUUUUGCUAUCAGCUAUUUACUGAUUUUAUUUCACUUCUCUUUUAUAUUCAUAAUAUCAGAAGGCAUUCUAUUCAUUCUAUUCUGUUAUGUUAUGUGUCUUUAUAUAUAUACAGUGCUGAUUUUAUGGUAUAAAUACAUAAAAUUGUUCAAUACACCCAUGUGUUUCUGUAUCAUCCGACCCAUGUAUGAUAAACAGUACAUAUCAAAACCUAAGGCUUAAUUGACCUCUUUGGUCAACAGUACACAUUAUUGGAUUUCUUUUCAAUAUGCUGAUGUAAAAGCAAAUUAAAAAGCAAAUUUAAUGAAAUUUUGGAGCCAGAUAUGUAAUCCUGUUUAUCUUCUUCAUAACAAACUCUGUUAGAUUUUAAUGUGGUCAUAAUAAUGAAUUUUUAUAGUUAUACAAAUUAUAUUUUAGAUUAUUUAUUUAUAUGGUGGUUUAUGCUGUCUUCAUUUGGUCUCCUACUAAGUACUGUGUUCUAUAUUCACAUUCACUGUCUUUCUCUUCUUAUGUGCUGCAAGCUUGUAAUAUGUUUCAAUUUAACACUUUCUGUAUUUGAAAUAAAUAAAUAAAUGCCUGCCUAAAUAA